CAACCAAAGCCCCAUCCCAAACCAACCAACCAACUGACUCUUCACCUUUUCCUCCAGUUCUGCAACAAAUGAGGCUGCUCCGUCUCCCAACCUUACUUUCUCUUUGUGUCAACCCAACGCUUCACAGCUACCAUUCCAAAAAUAAAACAUAGUACGCAACCACCAGCAAGAUAACAACAACAAAAUCUUGAAACCAAUACGCAUAACCUGUCCAACUCAUACAUACACUCAUCGCAUUUAAACCUGUGUACUCAAUUACUGCCGAUUUCGAGGAUUAUCUUCAAUCAUAUAUGGGCCAUACUCAUACCAAUCCACUCCGAUAUCUGAGGCCAUUAUAAGUAAAAGCAAUUGAGGCAAGUGUCCAUUCCAGCGUGGAAAAAUUCUAAACAAGCCCUCGUAAUAGCAAUAAAUUUAAUAAACAAAGCGUGCAUUACAUCAUCUCUAUUAAAGACCACACGGCAGAAAAAACUAGUGCGUUAAUAAAAGGACUAAAUAGCUGACCUUGACUCUCGUAUACAUAUAAACAUAUAUUUUUCACCCAUAAAGUGACCCCUCUCACUCACACUCUCCAUUUGUUUCGGAUUCUAUCGUGAUUCAGAAUCAAACUGAGGCUUGAGCUUCAUUGCAUUCGCGUAUUUUUGUGGUUUGGAUACUAGUGUGGGUCGAGCGAGGGAGUAGAGCGGAUUUCCUCAAUUAGUUGUUGCGAGCAAGUUGUGAACCAUUCUGUGAAGCAUCUGCGGUACUGAGCUAGCUGCUCUGUGACCAGUGAGAGGCUUCUCAAUCUGAAGUUACGCUAUAAAUAUUCGGUCCAAAUCUAAAUUGAAUAAUUAUCUUUCGAGUUGUUCCAUUAAACUAACUGACACAUUUCAUUUUGCCAGACCAAACGCAAAAGGAGACCAUCAACGAGUUUGGCUCAAUUGGUGAAUUGGCUGUGCAGAAGAGUGGUUUUUGCAAACUGUUGUAUAUUGUGAACUAAAGUCGACGUUCUCGACUCUGCAGAUAUCCAUCUUCUUUGUACUUAUAAUAGGAAGCAACGUGUCUCAAGUUGUUGGGUGUGAGGUGAUAAUUGAUUUGUGGACUUACUGCUAAUUCCACCUUGUACACGUGAUUUCUCUGGGGAAAGUUCUUGGUCUGAAAGUGGUCGAGUGUAAAUAUAUAAAUUGCAGCAAACCUCUCGGUUACUCAGGAGGAAGAAUAAAAAUGGAUUUUAUGGUCAAGUUGGGAUUACUGGCUGUAGCCUGCUUAGGUCUCGUUGCGUUAACCAGCGGUCAGCAAGUCACAUUAAUUCCAGGAGAGAAAAACGUAAAGAAAUUUAUAAAUGAAUCCUACUUCGUAUCGUGUCAAACUCCAGACGGUUUGAGGGCGGACUGGUACAACUCAAGACAACAAAAAAUAGAUGGAAAUCCACAAAAUCGAAUCCGUGUCGAAACCAGUUUUGCUGUAGAUUUGUUCUUGACCAGAAUUACAUCCCAGGACUCUGGGACGUACACAUGCGUCACCAAUCGUGGUGGAAGAGCAUCUUUCAAUCUCAAUGUCCUUCGUCCGAUAACAUUUGACCUAAGUUAUGCGGAACAAUCAGCCUCCGAAGGAAAAAUGUACACCAUGAAGUGUGUCGCAAUGGGUCAAAAUGCUCCAAAGAUUUAUUGGAAAGUGGACAACAAAAACCCAAUGGCACCCAAAUUCAGGAUCACCAAAGAAAAUCACUUGAUUAUUCAAAAUGUGACCAGGGAAGACGGGAAAAGGCAAUAUGUUUGUAGAGCAAUGGAUAUGGAAUCUCCAGUACCAGAUGCCAAAACCAUGAACAUAACUUUGAAAGUUAAAACGAAGCCAAGAAUGGUUCAUGGAGCUCGACUUGAGCAUUGGGGAGUUUUGGGCGAGUGGGCAAAUUUGACAUGUGCUGUUAAUGCUGAGCCGCCAGCAAGAUUCGAGUGGGUUUUCAAAGAUCGGACAAUCACUCCAAAUGAUGAAAACUUUAUUCUCUAUCCACAAGAGAAUACUUCGAUUCUUCAGGUACUCGUUAGGAACGAAGUGAAAUUCGGCCAGUACAUUUGUCGUGCUCGUAACGACCAGGGUUACAUGGAAAAAGGGAUGAUUCUUCACAAGGGUCAAAAACCAGCCACUCCGGUUUUGGAGAUUGAUUUGGUGGCUCACGAUGGCGCAAGGAUCCGUGUCAGAGAAUUUCGCAACCCAUCAACCCGAGACCCCGCACAAGAAGAAGGCCGCAAAGGGAAAGCACUUCCAAUUACGGGCUACGUUGUUCAGUAUAAAAUGAUGACACGUAGUGACUGGAAGCCUGCAAAUUCCUCAAAAUAUGAAGAAGGUUUCGUCAUAAGAGAUCUCCAACCGGGUAUCACUUAUCAGGUUCGUGCAGCGUCUAGGAAUCAGGCAUCGGUCGGAGAGUACAGGAAAACGUGUCCAAGAAACAACACUGGGAAAGUUGAUGGUGACUGGCCAACGAGCACACAAACGAAAACGAAUUUUGCCCAACUUUUUGGUUUGCAAGAAUUGCCAAGCCACAGCCAUCCCAUCACGGUCCUCACGUCAAAAACAACGUCGUGGAGCAUUUCCCUGUCGACCAGCAUUUACAUGAACUCCGUCAUCUGGACAAUUCUCAACCUAAUAACCCUUUCCACGCUCGCAUUAAUAAUUUAAACCCUAUAAACAAUGUAUAUAUUUAUGUAUAUUAUUAUUAUUAUUCUUAGUUGUAAUUAUAUGCCAUACGACGUGUAUACAGUGCAACAUCGCUGGGUACAAUUACUUAUGUAGUUCUCGACCCCAUACUCAAUCUCUCGAUUUAUUUUAUAGCCCAUCUCCAUAGACCUUUAUUAAACAAGCGAAAAUGUCACAAAUGACAAACAAAUUCAAUUAAUUCAGGCCAAUGGUAGGUACAUAGGGCAUGUUAAAAGUGAUUGUAUUUAUUAUACCCCCUCCGUAUUGUUGUGUCAUAAGUAGUCCAUCUAAUACAUAAUCGAAUUUCACUCGCAGAAUUAAUUAUUCAAUCCAAUAAUAAUUAACUGUGUACUAUUUACAUAUAGUAUAUUAUUACCUAUCAAUCGAUCGUAUAUUAUGCAGAGGAAUAUUGAGUCCGUACCAAACACCAAAAGCAUUGUACAUAUGUAUGUACAUACACAGAUGCAUACAUAAAUAUAGUGCCAGCAUGGAAUAGCGUUAGCCAUCGUAAAUAUGCAUCCAUUUGUAGAGGAUUAUGAUUUCUUGGGGUUGGGAAUUUCUUCGAAACUUGCAGUUGAAAUCAUGGGGUGUUUAUCAUUUCAGCUUUAUUUCAGCUAGUUUUGGUAAAUCAGUUAGAUGUGUCAUACGAUAAAUGAUUGCCAUACUAUGUAAUGUUAUGAACAUAUUUAGCACAGUAUCUAGUCAAAUCUCAGCCUAUAUAUGUAUACACACGGUAGUACGUAAAUACUGUGUGACAACUCCAUCAAUCAGUUAAAUAUUCCAUAGAUAUGUAACGUACGUGAUCAUUGUUGUUAUUCCUGGAUGAAUAAAAAGUGAGGUGUACAAUACAAAAUACACGAUGAACUACAAAACAAACUAGUUAUGAAUUACUCCACAAACCAAACCGAUAAUUCUUAUGUCUACGAUGUACUGCUAAGAUUAUACGCCAGUGUUCAUUACAAAAUGUAAGACGAAUGUAGAAUAGCAUACUCAUAGCAUAACUCAUACAUACAUAUUUAGCGUAAGUAAAUUAUUUGAUAAGAAAGUAGACAUAAUAAGAAGCUGACUCAGUAAUUGAUUAGCCUCCAGCGGAUCACUAUUUAAAUAUUUAUAGUUAUAACUUUAAGUAAAUUAGAUAAAUAAUCCUAUUAAUUAUUUUCAAUUAACCACUAUUAAUAAAUUUGAAAAUCUGCGUACGGUGUGUGAGUGAAUCUUUUCUGCUAAUUACUUGUUAAUUAUUGUUGGUUAUUUAUUUAACAAAAAGUGUAAAAGCAGACCACGGAAUGAUUCCCAAGUGUGAACACGUACCUAUAUGGAAGUACCUCUACACCCACGACGAGCGAGCGUGUAAAAUGGCCGAAAUAAUGUUAUGAUGGCUUGAUAAUAAUGUUGCGCAUGUAAAUCCAAAUUCAAACUAAAAGUGUAAUACCUACAUUAUUCCAAAAUAUUAUAAACUUGCAAAAAUAUACUUUACAGCUACAAUAAUACGUACAGUCGCCGUUGCCAAAUCAUAAUAGCUUCACUUAAUUGAUACAUACAUGCUCGGCGUAUAAAUACAUUUUUCGGUUGUACUAUAUAAUAUUAAGGCGAAGAAAAAUUAUUAAUGUAUUCAAGUACAUUCAAAUCUUUAAAAAAACUGAAUCAAAACUCAAAUAAUUGAUCUGAUUUGCAAUCUCAAUCUCAAAUUGUAUUAAAAAAUUCGAAACAGCCCAAAUUAUAAAUGUAUUAUUAUAAUUUAGAAAUAACUUGAAAUAUCUGUAAGAGGUUUGAAAAUGUGAAGUGUAUGGAAAUGUCACUAAAGCUUUCAGUAAACGAUAUGAUCAGUAGCAUAUUUAGACAGGUAUAUGUACGCAUACUACGUAUAUCGGUGUAAUUGUGAAGGGUUUUAAAUUUCAUUCCAACGCUAUCUUUAAGGGGUGAAGCUAAUCUGUCUAUUUAUGUAUAAUUACUCAAUUAUUGAUGAUUAAAUAAUGCAUGCUUUCAAAAAAUAAAUAAGUGAGUGGUCAUGCAAGUUAUGAAAAAAGUUUUGAAAGGGCGAAUGUAUGAAGUUCUACAAAUUGUGAUGAAUGGUUGAAUGGAGUGGUCAUUGUUUCUGUAGCAGAUAUGUGUAUCUGUAUAUAAAUAAUAUGUAAAUAAAAAUAUCCUUGUAAAAAUAUGUAUCUGCUCCAAAACCAUCCUAUUGAGUAUUUGUUUGUAACUUUUGAUUUGCCUGACGAUUGAGUGCGGAUCAUAAACAUAUGUAGAAUGCUAAUCUUCUAACUAUUUAAUUUAGUUAAAAUGCCACAUGCUGUUUGUGGUUUACCUAACAUGUAAUUUUUAAUAGAAGCUUAGCUUUUGUAAUAAAAGAGAAUUGCGACGUGAAACCGAGACGCAUUAUAUUGCUGGAGAUGAUUUACAUUUUGUGUUUCAUUCGAAAUCAACUCGAGCAUUUAGCUCAAAUAAGAGUGCUGUUUUUCUUUAGGAAAUUAUCCUAAGUUCGGGUAACAAGUAAAUCUUGUCUGAUCAAAUAACGUAUGGAUGUAACUUUGAUUUAUUAUUCGGAAACCGCUUAGCUAAGAUUAAUUGCUAAUUUGAAAAGCGUAUAAAUUGGUGAGUAAAGUUAUAAAAACACAUAAUCCAAAUGUAACAAAAUUCGUUCUAAAUACGCAUGUAAGUAUGCAUUCGGGGAAAUAUUAAUUGUUGAUGGGACACAGAGAUACUCGUUAAAUCUUAAUAAAAAACAUUCCCUAGAAA